AUGAACCGACGGACUUCGCUGGCAACCGGCGAAGAACUAAAACAAGUUUUCGGGACUCCUGGUGAUCGGGCUUCUACCCAAGAGAUCAGUGUGUCCACUUAUCGAAAUUUGCAAACUGGUGCGUGUGCUCCUUCUUCAGACUCAGAUGAUUCGCUAAUGCAGGAGGUCCGAGGGAAGAAAGAUCAUCACCAAAACUCGUGGAAAGCAUACAUCACCACAAUUCAACCAUCCCCUUCCGCUGUUUUAUUUAGUAGUUUCCGUGCUUUCUUCGGAUCUAAUCUAAUCGGAAUGGGUGAUCUCCUCCUGGAUCAAGACAAAUUAUUUUGGAUACAAACGGAUUCUCAUCCAUCUUAUACCCUUUGUUGGGAAAUGAGCCGUGUCAAAGACUUCCAUUGCUAUCUGCAGCCUCAAGAAGUUCCCUACUGCUCGAUCUCGGUGUACUCCGAUCGCUCCGACGUCUCCAUCGACACCUUCAUCUUCAAUCAGCCGUGCGAAAGCGAUUUGGACGCCUCGCUCUCGUCGCAGGAACUGGUCCGUCUCAAACAAUCCUUGCAGCAGAUUUACUCCCACAUGAAAGAAAACCCUCGUCUUUACUUGAAACACCUCAUCAAAUGUUACGUGAAUCACAGCAAAACACACACACAUUCCGCUUAUUUGCAACACUUACGCGAGGUUGUCGCCUCUCUCUCCUCAUAUCAACUGCCGAAUCCGCGCACGCUCUCCUCCAAUCGCUCAUUCGAUUCGAUUUCCAUCCCCGAUCGCAAGGAACAGCAGCGAAUUCUGCUGCCCUACCGCCAAUCUCUGCUCGUAGAACCGCGGGAAUCCCUGUUUUCUAGACCACCCUCGCGAUCCAGGAGGAAUUGCGAGCGAAUCGAUGGAGGGAAAUGGGUGUUUCAGCGUCGCGAUCGAGCGCGUAUGAGUCGCAAAGCGUGUGGAGAUACCAGGACUCCACGACGCGUACGUUUGUCGACCGUAGCCCUCUCAAUCGCAGACAUUUCGCUGUCGAAUGACGCGUACAUUCAGCGAUGGAACGCUUUCAAAGACUCCAGCUCCUCGUUUUUGCCCUUCGAGGUCCAAGCGGAGUCCGAUCUCUUCACAAAAAAACAAGGUAUCCCCGCGGAACUCUCCUCUCUAGACGAACUCGCCGCGAACGCCACGCAUUCCGUUCUGGCGGAAGCCACGUCGGCGCCGGCGCCUCGUCGCAUGUCGAACCCGCAGUCGUGUCCUCCGCGUCUUCGCACGCGCGGAAUCGACGAAGGCGUGGCGGCGAUUCAUCCGCGCGUAGUGGUUCCGGAGGAGAGCGAAGGGCGCAGCGGAGCGAAUCGACAGGCGUGCGAAGCGUCGGGAGAGAAGGGAGUGAAUGAAUCGGCGCUGUGCGAGCUGUUCGAGGUGUAUUGCAGCGAAAUGGAGAAGCGAAAAGCGAGAUUGGAAGGGCGGAAUGGAGGUGUGACGAGUAGAUUCGACGAGAUCCAGGCAGCGACGCAUUCGUUCCAUCAAGACGCGGAGGAACUCACCGCUCAUUUUGUGGAGAUGCUGAAGCAGAGAGGCGUCAACACGGACAUGCUCGAUAAUCUCUGCGCCUCGCUUCAGUUUUGUGUUUGUUCAAACAAAACAGUCCAAACGGUAAAACUUUCGCCUCGGUUCUUCACGCCGGACUGGCUAGAACUCGAGUUGCGAAUCACCUCCAUGGAGUCGAGGGAGGACAUAAGGUUCUUUACGGCCAGAUCUUCUUUGGCGAUGAAAACGGAGUUUUUGAAGGCAAGACGGCUUUUGAUGGAUCGCUUCCGAAAGAAAGCGUGGAAGAGCACGAGAAAGAGGGCGGAUGCGUUGUAG